AUGCGUGCGACAUCACGGCUUUUUGCGACCGUCAAGUCGGCAUCCAAAUACCUCGAACCAUACACGCCGACAGGUCUAACCGGUCUGUCGACGCAUCCGUCACCUCGACCAGCUCUCAUCUACACAUACCGCGAGACGCUCAAGAAAUUAAAAGCACUGCCCAAGACCUCUGUAUACCGACAAGCCGUGGAGGCGUUGACCAAGCAGCGGCUAGAGAUCGUGGAAGCCGUCAAACCCGAGGGCUACGAGCAAUACCUGGAACGAGUUCGCAAACAGAUUGACGCCAACCCGGCCGCAUACAGUCGGUUGAUGCACGACGAUGGCACUUUGACCAGCGAGAAAGCACACAUCGAACCGGUAGAUAACUGGGAUGGUGUUAUUACGAGGGCUGAUGCCUUCCCGGAGGGCUCCAACAACCAGAUUCAAGCCGAGCGCAAAGCUGCCGCUAUUCAAAAGGAGGCGAAGGUCGUUGACAAAGAGGCUGAGGAGGGCAGAGCGCCUGAAGUUGAGGAUCUCGAGGUCGAGCCGCCCUUGACGAAAGACCAGAUCGAGGAUAUCGAGAAGAAGAUCGGUGCCGGUCUGAUUGAAGAAGUGGUCCAGGUCGCCGAGGGCGAAUUGGCGCUCGUUGCUGAAAUGCUCCGGCAUAAAGUGUGGGAAGAACUCGAGGAAAAGGCGCCUCCAGGCCAGUGGGUGUACUUUGAGCGCCCAGAUGCAGUUUAA